AUGCAAAACGGCCGAAAGCGAGUUCAUAGAGGCCGAAAGGCGGUUGCUCGUCUGGAAUCUGCGAAGAAACCGAAAUUAGAGAAAUCGACGAAGAGCCCGUUGUCGCUAAAAAUUUGUGGAAAUAAGGAGCAACGUUGGGAUGCCGUGAUACGAACGCCGGAUUCAAAACUUCAAAUCCCGCGCUCGAUCCUUGUCAACGGCGCCAAUACCGAAAUUGGUUUUGAAUUUGUCAAGAAGUUCUUGGAAUUUGAAGACGUCGAGUCGAUCAUAGCCGUUGUUGUCGGAAGUGAAACAAAUGCGGGACUCGAAAAACUAACUGAUGCUCGAGUAAGGGUUGUAAAAAUCGCCAGUGAUGAUGUGGGCGCCUCUAUUGGGCUGGCUGGAAAGAAGAUCGCUGCACUCACCAAAAAUGUCGGAAUAAAUUUGGUGCUGAAUUGCACGCUAAAAUUUGAAGCAUACCAGCUCAACGAAAAGCCGGACCGUCACAAGUUGCAGAAAAUCAUGAUGGAAAACGUGACCAGCCCGUUGCUUCUGACCCAGACAAUACUGCCAAUUCUCCGGAAAUCGGCACAGACUGCUAAGGAUUUAGCAAUUGGACCCGGGCGUUGCAUGAUUGUAAAUGUGGCUCCAAUUCAGUCAUCUUUGACUGUAAACAACACUGGGACAACGAUUUUGGGACUAGCUAAUGCUACAGGAUAUGCCAUGGCUACAAGUGCUUUAAAUCAACUAACACGUGGAUUGGCUGCCGAUUUGCUUCCUCAUGGGAUAAUGACCAUAUCAAUGAUGCCUGGUGUUGUCAAAUCAAAGCACGAGCCCGCUGCUGUAUUGAAUCCAGCUGAUUCGGUGCAGCUGAUGGUCACCACACUGCUCAAACUCCAGCAACAUCACAAUGGGAUGUUCAUCUCGCUGUUGGGAAACCCUGUGGAUUUU